CAAGUUCCAUGAUUUUAUUAUUCGCUUUGUACGACACAGCUGCUAGAAAUUUCCAGAAUGCGGGAGACGUCCUCGUCUUCACCAGUCGCCGCCAUGGACACCUUUUUAAAGCUUGUGGUUCUUUCUGUUAUCCGCCGGACCCACAUAUGUGCAUUAACCGCCUUUCCUUCACAGCCUCCUUUCAAUUACGUGCCUAUAUAAAUAUACACUUUCCGCAACUAUUUCUUAUGUAUUCAUGUUGUUGGAGGAAGAAGGGGAUUGAUCGCCGUUGUUGAUUUCUAGGAGGUUCGGUUACUUUUAAUCUGUGAGGAGUUGUGUUUGGGGAUUGGUGAUGGCUUGCGGUGGAGGAGGAUUGACUUCUUAUUAUCGGGUUCUUGGCGUCGAUACCGAUGCUUGUGAUGAGGAAAUUCGCCGCGCCUACCGCAGGCUUGCGAUGCAAUGGCAUCCGGAUAAGUGGAUCAGAACUCCUUCUCUUCUUGGGGAGGCCAAACAGAGAUUUCAGCAAAUCCAAGAAGCGUAUUCAGUAUUGUCAGAUAGGAGAAAGAGGACGCUGUAUGAUGCAGGGCUCUAUGAACUCUAUAACGACGAUGAAGAAGACGAAGUAGAGGGUUUCUCUGAUUUUCUCCAAGAAAUGGUGACUUUAAUGAACGACGCUAAGAGAGAGGAAAACAACUGUAGCAUUGAAGAUCUGCAAAGAAUGUUUUGGGAUAUGGCUCGGGGCUUUGAUCUACCUCAGUGGAACCAACCCAUACAGCAGCCUGCAUUUGAGCCUCAAUGGUUCUAUGGAUGGAACUGGUACUGUUCAUCUACAGCCUCCAACAAUUAGGGGAAUUCCUGAGCUGAACAAAUCCAGUUAUGCACUUCUCGUUGUUGAUGGUGAGCAGAAAGAAGAGAGAAAAGGGUUGAUUCUUUAAUUCUUUCAAGACCAGCAACAAAUACGACAAAGUGAAUGAGCUAUGUUUAUGGUGAUGAUGAUGAUGUUCGGCAUCUUGUAAGUCUUCAAAAACUAGAGAAACUACUGUUUCUUGGAUUAGUUGAACAAGUGGAAAGUUUUCAAUGAAAAAUAAGAUCUAAUGGAAAAUUUUGAAAAUAUCUCUUGAA